CGCGCAAGAGGAGGCUUUUCGUGUCUCGUCCACGAAGGACUAUAGAUGCGCCACUUAACUCCACUGUGACACCCACUGGAAUCUCGAUCUGUUUGGGCUUGAAACAAUAACAUCGUGAACACGGUGGAUGAUCAGCUCCCUCCGCCUCUCCGGGCUUCCUCUUCCUCCCGGGAGCUGUGCGCACUCGUCGUGCGUCAGAGCGCGAGUCAUGCGUAACAGGACUGGAGAAAGAUUUGCUCCUUUUUGAUUAGAACCACGCUUCUUAAGGACCACUUGUAGCGGAAGCAUCACGACAAAGGACAUUUAGUCAUAUUCGCAUCAAGUGAGCAGCUCUCCUCACACAUGACGUCUCCUCACCAUAGAUCCAGCCCGGUGUCCGGCGUUCUGCUGAACUCCCCGGCCGCCACAGAGAGCUCGUCCGCCGCCGCCGCGAAAGGAAAAAAGCCAAACUCCGGGUUACGGCGGCCGGAAAAGCCUCCUUACUCGUACAUUGCUCUAAUAGUGAUGGCGAUACAAAGCUCCCCCACUAAACGACUGACCCUAAGCGAAAUAUAUCAGUUCCUCCAGGCCCGUUUCCCCUUCUUUAGAGGCUCGUAUCAAGGCUGGAAAAAUUCCGUCCGCCACAACCUCUCACUCAACGAGUGUUUCAUCAAGCUUCCCAAAGGACUCGGCCGGCCCGGGAAAGGCCACUACUGGACCAUCGACCCCGGGAGCGAGUUCAUGUUCGAAGAGGGUUCCUUCCGGCGCAGACCGAGAGGCUUCAGAAGAAAGUGCCAAGCCUUAAAGCCCAUGUACCGAAUGAUCAACGGCGUCGGAUUCGGCGCCUCGAUCCUGCCGCCGAGUUUUGACUUCCAGUCUCCGUCCUGCCACGGCAACGGCUACAACUUGGACGUGAUGAGCAGUUCGAUGGCGGGAGGCUACGAUGGUCAUCACGUCCCCCACAUGUCUCCCAGCCCAGGGUCCACGUACAUGGCGAGGGAGUACGAACCGGACAGCAGCAGCAGUCCCGUACCGUCGUCCCCGGCCAUCGCCAGCGCUUUGGACGGCCACUCCCCGUACGCGAGUGCAUCCGCGCAUUGGACCACCUCCAGCGGGUCUCCCUACGUCAAACAGCAGCCUUUAACCUCCAGCAGCCCCGCGUCAUCUUCUCUGUACUCCGGCAUGUCACCUUACUCCCUGGAGCAGACCUACUUCACCCAAAACCCCAGGGAGAGCCACGCGAACGACAUAUCAGUGGGGAUUCCACGCUAUCAGAGCCACUGCGACAGGAAAGAUUUUGUGUUCAACAUCAAUGGCGUCUCGUCCUUCCACCCCACGUCUGGCGGCUCCUAUUAUCACCAUCACCACCAUCAUCAACCUCAGAACGUGUGUCAGGACAUCAAGCCAUGUGUCAUGUGAGCGCUCUUUUCGAACCGGACAAAAGACACGCUGCAGUCAAACUGCACGUCAGCUGUAACAAAGGAUUCUUUUGGGAUCGAGUUUGUAGCAGAAUGAGUUGCACAAUGACUACUUUCACAUGUUGCCUCUUUGUGGACGUGACCAAAUGUGCAUUGAAGGAACAUGAAUGAAGAAACCCUUGUGGCCUUAAGUAUACACAUCAUCCAGAUUUACAACGACAAGUGUUUUCUUCUUAAAUAUUAAAGAUUAAAGAUUAAAGUACCAAUGAUUGUCACACACACACUAGAUGUGGUGAAAUUUGUCCUCUGCAUUUGACCCAUCCCCUUGGGGAGCAGUGAGCAUCAGCGGCGCCGCGCCCGGGAAUCAUUUUUGGUGAUUUAACCCCCAACUCCAACCCUUUGUUGCUGAGUGCAAAGCAGGGAGGUAAUGGGUCCUAUUUUUAUAGUCUUUGGUAUGACUAAAAAGAAGCACUGAAAACACAUGUUUUUGUUUGUUUGUUUUGCUACUAAUACAGGCCUGGGCAAUUAUUUUGACUCGGGGGCCAAAUUUUUAGAAAAUAAUGUGUCUGGGUAUAUCUGAUUUUUAGCAACACUAAUACAAAACCUCACAAUAAUGUAUGAUUGAAUGCUACAAUGUUAUGACAGACCGCCUUAAAAAACGUAAUGGAAUUUUUUUUUUUUUUUACUGAAUGAAACACCCAGAAUGUACAUGAAAGUAAACAAUGUGGGGUUUACAAUAUUAACUAUGAACGAUAAAACACUGAAUAUUGACAACAUAUGAACGUCACACCUCCUCUUGAUCGACAUAUUUUACAAUCAAGCGAAACGCAACAAAAAUGCAACAAACACAGUGAAAUAUGAACGCGAUGGGUAAAAAAAAAAUCACCUACAAUCUGAUAUAUCUGAUCACUAAGCUUUAGAACUUUGUUGUAAAAAUCUCCUUGUCCCUGACACCCGCAUUUCAGGCUGGCCGCUCUGGAAACACUCUGGGGAAACGCACCCCACCCACACUGCUUGGUGCCUGGUCUGAGCUGCUGUGACUUAGAUUACCAUAGUAACUAGCAUAUCAUGCAAAAGCACAUAUUCCAACCGUUGAAAUACUUUGUAUAGUUCAAGACAUCACUGCACAUCAUAAUGGCAGCUAGUUUCCAUCUUAAAGAUCUGAAAAAAAUUAUUUGGGAAUGUCCGGCGGGCCAGAUUGAAAAGAUUAACGGGACACAUGCGGCCCCCGGGCCUUAAUUUGCCCAGGUCUGUACAAUUAAAUGAACCGAAUGUGUCCCCAGCAAUAUUUCCGUUGCUUUUUUUAUAUUAAUUUAUUCAUAACAGUAAAAUUAUAAUAUUUGACAUCAUGAUAAACCAGGAGUUCAAGUACCUCGGAGUCUUGUUCACGAGUGAGGGAAGAGUGGAUCGUGAGAUCGACAGGCGUCUUCAGUAAUGCGGACGCUGUAUCGAUCCGUUGUGGUGAAGAAGGAGCUGAGCCGGAAGGCAAAGCUCUCAAUUUACCGGUCGAUCUACGUUCCCAUCCUCACCUAUGGUCAUGAGCUUUGGGUUAUGGACAAGAUCACAGGUGCAAGCGGCCGAAAUGAGUUUCCUCCGCCGGGUGGCGGGGCUCUCCCUUAGAGAUAGGGUGAGAAGCUCUGCCAUCCAGGGGGAGCUCAAAUUAAAGCCGCUGCUCCUCCACAUCGAGAGGAGCCAGAUGAGGUGGUUCAGGCAUUUGGUCCGGAUGCCACCCGAACGCCUCCCUAGGGAGGUGUUUAGGGCAUGUCUGACCGGUAGGAGGCCACGGGGAAGACCCAGGACACAUUGGGAGGACUAUGUCUCCCGGCUGGCCUGGGAACGCCUCGGGAUCCCCCGGGAAGAGCUGGACGAAGUGGCUGGGGAGAGGAAAGUCUGGGCUUCCAUGCUUAGGCUGCUGCCCCCGUGACCCGACCUCGGAUAAGCGGAAGAAGAUGGAUGGAUGGAUGGAUGGAUAAACCAUUGUUAAAUUAGUUUAAAAUGACAUUCAAUGACAAAAUACAAGCUGUCGAAAAUGUACUGUUGACACACCACCAUUUUGGAGAAGCCAUAUCCUGGGAUAGUCACAUGACUGUCAGGUGACAAGUUAACUACACUUUCCAAUGUUUUGGACUUAAUGAGUAAAAUAAAACACCAAGCUUAUAUUAGGCACAUUUCAGGACAUUUAAAAUGUUGGGGUUCUUAUGGUUGUUAAAUGUUUUCUCUUUGGACAAACUAUAUGUUAUCUAUGUUUUAUGAUUAUUAUUACCCACACCAAACAUUGCACUUAUUCUAUAGCCGUGCCUCCUGUAAAAUGUUCUAAUAAAAAUGU